UCGCACAUGCGCGCACACAUGCACACCGCACCGCACCGCACACACCGGGCGACGUCACUCGUUCACCCCUGAAGUCAUUUGCCACAUCAUCUCGCUACUUGGCUUAACGAUCAACCUCGGAGAAAGAUCGGGGAGCGAAGAGAAACAGCCACAAAGGGAGAAAGGCCCUAAUUAUUACGUCUGAUACUCUUCGAGUCGGAGACAAAAUACUAUGAAAUAGAAACAUUUUUCUUCAAACAGCAUCGCUUUAUUUAUAUUUAUAACAGAAGGUCAAAACAACCCUAUUCGUCUACUGGAAAAAGCGUAGGCACGGUUCCUGGAAGAUGUUGCAGUCUCUCACCAGCAAUUCCUGUGUGCGAUUGAUACAAAGCAACAGAUCAACGUGGUAUUUCUUGUUCCUGGUGUUAGGCUACGUCCUCUACCUCAUCUUCGGCGCUGUGGUUUUCUCUUCCGUGGAGCUGCCCUACGAGGAUCUCCUGCGGCAGGAGCUUCGGACAAUCAAGCGCCAGUUUCUACAGGAGAACGAGUGUUUGUCGGAGGAUAGGCUUGAGGAGUUUUUGGCCAAGGCGCUGGAUGCCAGCAACUACGGUGUAUCGAUCCUGAACAACGCGUCUGCCAACUGGAACUGGGACUUCACCUCCGCAUUAUUUUUCGCCAGCACCGUGCUCUCCACCACAGGAUAUGGCCACACGGCACCGCUGUCAGAUGGGGGCAAGGCCUUCUGCAUCGUCUACUCUGUCAUCGGGAUCCCCUUCACCCUCCUCUUCCUCACGGCCGUGGUGCAGAGGAUCAUGGUCUUCAGUACGAGGCGCCCCGUUAUGUACGUGCACACACGCUGGGGCCUGUCAAAGCCGCUGGUUGCUGCCGUCCACGCCGCCCUACUGGCCGUCAUCAUCACUUCCUGCUUCUUCCUCAUCCCCGCUGCCAUCUUCUCUGCCCUGGAGGGAGACUGGAACUUCCUGGAGUCGUUCUACUUCUGCUUCAUCUCCCUGAGCACCAUAGGCCUGGGCGACUACGUGCCGGGGGAAGGGUACAAUCAGAAAUUCCGUGAACUCUACAAAGUGGGCAUCACUGUUUACCUAAUCUUGGGCCUCAUCGCUAUGUUGGUUGUCCUGGAGACCUUCUGUGAGCUCCAGCAGCUGAAACAGCUCAGGAAGAUGUUCUACCUGAAGAAGGAGAAACCACAAGACCGGCUGAACAUCAUCGAUCACGAUCACCUAUCUUUCACCUCGGUGGCUGAGCACGGCAACCCACUCAAGGACGACAAGACCGAGCCGUUUGUGGAUGUCCCAGUCCUCAGUUCCCCAGCUGGGGAUGACCCUAUGAUCAGAUAAGGGGAGUCGAGAGGGGCUGGUUGCGUUAUAUGACUGGUGACCUUUGCAUGUGAUCUUAGAGAUCCGUUGGUGCAGAUGAGCACUGGUAUCAGUUAAAGUGAAGGUUUGUUCAGAGAUCCAUUUCAUUUUCACUCAAAGCAUAAAGUGUUUUUUUGUUUUUUUUUUUUUGUCGUCCUCACUAGUUGUGUGGUCCUCUUUAACAGUAGACGAUCGGGAUAGAUAUAGCACAAUGCUAGCUCUCACUUGUCUGUAUAAUAAUAUGUAGCUCUAAUUAGUGCUUUUGCCUGUGGACUUUAUUAUAAACGAUCUAAAAUCGCCUGGCACCCAGCAAGCAGACGGUUUGUGUCUUUAAAGGAUUUGUACUGGCGGAAAGUGUGUGGAUUUCCACUGAUCAUCCUACUAUUCAGGGCAGUCAGAUAGUAGCUGUUCACUUGAAGCUGCUGGUUGUUUGAAUUUCGAUGCGUUAAACGAUGCGUAAUAUGCACUGUAUUUAACAUUACGCUGAUGCCUCUAGGCAUCAGGAUUUUUUUUUUUCUUAAACGAUAGCGAAGCAUUGGUGUUUUUUUAUUGUUAAGGCCCAGGGGCUGGUCCCUUAAAACAUGUCUAUAAAGCAAAAGGAGCAGUUAACGUAUGUCUGUGAGUGCGUAUAUAUGUAAAUUUUAAAGCGAUUCUUGCAUUUAGAUGAACUGAAAAUAAAAGUUCGAUUAGUCAUUGUUGUAAGGGUUUCACAUGAGCCAAAAGGAUUGAUAAUUGCCCAUUAGGUCUUUUUUAUUCCUAAUGAAAAUUCAGGAUUAGUUUGUUAGUUUGACUCAAUACACAAGUUACUACCACAGUGCGUGGAACCACUAAGACACCAAAAACGGAAGCUCAGUGCUGGAGUUUGACCAACUUCAUAGCUUGUACACAAUAAGCGUAAUAUUGGCACUGGUGUAAAUGUCUAUUUAGAAAUGGAUAUACCCCUGAAGGACUUAGGGAACAUUUUGGAACAGCAGCACUUUGUGGCUAACCAUUGUUUUGAGUGAACAGUUCACUUUUUUUCUCACCUAAGUCGUGCAGGAGCAACCAUGUUAAUUAACCUAUCUGUGCCAGGUUGCGGGUUUCUGUUUGGGGCCACUUAUAAAUAAGUAACGCAGACCUUCGCAUGGACGACAAAAAACUAAGAUGCAGGUCCUUGUUUACACGAAACGCGACCUCCUGCAUGUACGUCAGGGUGCCCGGAUGGGAAAUUUCACCAGUACAUGGGAACCUCAGUGGAAAAGUGCUGCCAUGCUGCUGUUUUGUUCAUAGAUUAACAUUAAUGUAAAGAAGAGGCAGUCAGUCUGCAAUCUGCUUAUGCAUCCUUGGGUUAGUUGACUUAUAAGAGCUUUUAAAAGCAGGAGCGUAGAUUUGGGUGUGGAUGGUAGUGACGUAUUUUAGAUGCACAGUGUGUAUUUUGGGGGUUCAGGGCUGAUUUGGUCCCUAUCAAUGUUGAAACCAAAUCUACGUCCUAUAAGGUGGUCUGAAGCGCAAUUUGAGCAUCCUUAUUUGCGCAGAUAUUAGUGUAUGUUAGACUCUACUGAGUGAAGGUUGGGAAUACGAUGAACAUUGUGACAUUCGAGACCGGUCCUGCUGCUUUAAACAAAUCCCAGUGAAGUAUCUGUUAUAAAAUACAUUCUCAUUCCUUUAUGCAGUGAAAUAAUACAAGAUAUUUUUUUAGUUUGCAGCACUUGGUAUCGUGUACGUUUCGGUAUAUCUGUUGAGUAAGUCGACAGAGUGAUCGUAAUUUAAUCGCUAUUUGAUAUUGAUUGCUGUUAUAUUACUGUUUCAAUGACCUGUGAGGAGUUGCGACCCGGUCCUGGGAAACUUGAGUCUCUUGUACUGUGACCUAUGUAUUACCAUGGAAACAGCAGAGCAUGUGUGUUUUAUGCGACACAUCGGUGACUGUCUGCUUCGAUGAUGCAUGCGCUGUCCCAGACCUCACCAUCCAACGUGAACUUGCGUAUUCUGUAAGGAGUUUUUUUCCUUAGUACUUAGGUGUUAUUUUAGGUGUUUCACGUAGGAAAUAGAGAUUCAGACUUUAGGUGAGCAGCGUGCGAACCUCUGGUGCAGUAGAUGCGACAUGGGAAGCACACUUGGGUCUUCUGCUUUCACUGGCAAGGCCUUAGCUGCCUUUGGGCAGGCAUGCUUUGAGCGUUUUCAGCAUUGUACCGAUUUGGUAUAAGGUGAGUCUCUGCACAAGGGGUCCGUAAGUAUCUCAAUGUAAAUGCAGCAAAUUGAUGCAUUUUAAACUUCUAUGUGUCUUUGAAAUAAACCACUGUUUUUUAUA